AUGCUUAACAGUUUUUGCUUUUGCCCAUUCUUUACAUCUUUUAUUAAGGCCAACAAUAAUAAUCCUUGGAAUCUUGUUCCAACUUAUCAAUCUAUUUUAUCUAAUGGUGCUAUUGGAGAAAAAUCAUUUAUUGAAACUCCGAAUGAUAAUACAAAUUUAUUUGCAAGAUUUAGUACAUCUUUUUUAGCAGUAUAUUUUAUGCUAACUGGUGAUACAAGUGCUGUUUCUUCCUGGGUUUUACAAGAUGACUGGAUAUUGGCAUUUUUAUUGGUUGCAUUUUUAUUUUUUACAACAAUUUAUUUGUUGAAUUUAUUUAUAUCAUUACUUUCAAUUACUAUGGAAAAAAAAGAUUGUGAGGAAAUAUUUUUACAAACAAAAGCGGAGAAAUUAUUUGAAAUCGAGCUAUUUUGGAUGCUUCCUCACCAAAAAACUGAAAAUCUUAAAGAUGAAAAAAAUAAUGAAAUUUUACAAGAUUUACUUCCUGAAAUUCAAAAAAUCGUUGAAGCUAAAGACUCAACUAAAGACUCAAAUGAAGGCUCAACUGAUGGCUCAGCUGAAGACUCAACUAAAGACUCAAAUGAAGACUCAACUGAUGGUUCAGCUGAAGACUCGCCCUAUGGUCUCAUCGCGCGAGAUUUAUCUAAAACUAAAGACUCAACCAAAGAUUCAACUUAUUACUUAGUUGAAGGCUG